GGCAUGGUUUGCUGAUUGUUUGUAAUUGUGCCGCUCCAUUCAUUUAGCUAUAAACUAUGGAUGUUGACGGAUGUGAGCAGCAUGAAAUGUUUUCAUGGCGUCGCGAAUCAUGCAUGGCGACAGUCAUGCAUGCGCCAAAGUUUGCAAUUUCCAAAUCUGGGCCUGCCAAUUCCCAGACGGCGUCGUUGCGGGACUGGGACAUGCCGUCACGACACUUUUACUUUUAACCUCACAGGCGCUGCAAUGCCGCUGGCCCUGAGGCGGGUAUGCAAUAUGCAAGGGGCUGCCCUUGUGGUGGUUGUAGUAGUCAAGGUAGCACCCGUGCCCGGCCGCCAUGGUGGAGGUCAGCGCACAGCAGGCGUGGCUGCGUUUGCCGUCUUCUUUUUGUGCUUCUUUUUCUCCUUGCUCCUCCUCCGCAGCGGGCUACGAGUCGUCGAGAGUGACCAGGGUGCCAUGUGCCAAUGGUGUGCAUCCGCGAGCCGAGCCAGGGUAGCAUUCAUUGCUCAGGAGGGUGGUCCAGGCGCGAGAGGUGAAGAAGCUACGGCGUGAGUCGAGCCCUUUGCAUUUGAGUCAGCCGGCACCGCCAGACUCGGGAGCGUGGACGGGCAGCAGACAGUGGACAGAGAGGGCGCUGAUGGUGUUGCAGCAGCAGGCUGUGUGCUGCUUUGGGCGGACGGGCCGGUGCAGCAAGUAUGUAUGAUAUUGGCAGCUUGUCAGCCCUGUGGCCGGUCACGCAAGGGCGGAGCGUGACAGCAGCGGUCGGACAGGCUCUUUGCAAGAA